UGCAUCUUAACACAAGAUCACAAUCGAAGGCAAGCAAAUCAAUCAGGCUACUUGAGCACCAGCUCUAUCACCUUAGUUCAUAUCUGGAACUGUUCUUUAGAAAAUAGCUCAAGUCGCCGUCGAAAUGUCCGAGGAGAUCACAAUAAACAUCAAAGGCCCUUCCGAGCUCAAGCUCUCGUUGACCGUCUCACCUUCGCUCCUCACUUCGGAGCUCAAGGCCAAGAUCAACGAACAGACUCAGAUCGAGCCCGAAAGGCAGAGGUUGAUCUAUUCCGGCAAGGUUUUGAAGGACGAAGAACCUCUGUCGACCUACAAGGUCCAGAACAACCACACCUUGCACCUCGUCAAAGGCGCCGCCAAGCCCGGUAGCACUCCGGCCCCUUCCGCAUCCAACGCCUCGUCUUCCCCUUCGUCCACCAACGCUAGUGCUGCUGCCGCCGCUCAAGCUCGAGGCGUACCGACCAACUUGAACGCCGGGUUGCCUUAUGCCGGAAACCCGUUGGCUCAGUUGGAAGGUGCUAUGGGACAUGGGUACGGUGGAGGUACCUUCAACCCGUUCGCCCAGAUGCCUGGAAUGGACGGGCAGAACUUGAACGAUCCCAAUGCCAUGGCCAACAUGCUCAAUAACCCCGAGGCAAUCAGCCAGGCUAUGAGCAUGAUCACUCCCGAGAUGAUGGACCAGAUCAUCGCUUCUAACCCUUCGCUCAGUUCGAUGGGACCCCAGGUCAGGGAGAUGAUGAGGAGCCCGAUGAUGAGGCAGAUGAUGUCCGACCCCAACAUGAUUCGCCAGAUGAUGGCGAUGCAAGGCGGAAUGGGUGGAGGAAGUCCGUUCGGAGGAAUGGGCGGUGCUGGCGCUCAGAACCCGCUCGUCGCUGGAUUUGGCGCUCAGGCAGGGGAAAACAAUACGCCCUCGACCGGAGGAGAUAACGCUGCGACGGGUACGCCCGGUCAGGCGGCGGCCAAUCCGUUUGGGAUGAACCCCGAUAUGAUGCGUAUGCUCAUGGGUAUGGGCGGCGGCGGCGGUGGUGGUGCCGGGGGUGCCGGUGGACUCGGUGCACUUGGCGGUCUCGGAGGUCUCGGUGGAAUGGGGGGAUUCGGCGGAUUCGGUGGAGGUGCUCAACAGCAGACUCCUGCUGCCGAGCCUCUGCCUCAAGAUACGAGGAGCCUGGAGGAGAGGUUUUCGAACCAGUUGCGAACCUUGAACGAGAUGGGUCUGGUCGACCCUCAACAGAACUUGAGGGCGUUGAGCAUGACGGGCGGAAACGUCGAGGCGGCGAUCGAGCUCAUCUUUUCCGGUCGUGUACCCGCUAGUUCUUGAUCGGGGUUGGGCUUGUCGUGGCGCGUAGUUUCGAGUUGUAUCACGAUCCAUAUAUAUGAACUUCGUAGAC